GAAAAAGUUGAAAGCAUAAAAAGCUCUCCAGCCAUCUGAACCGGUACUCUUUCUUCUCACACUCGACAACUUCCCAACACCUGACGCCGCACCUUUCAUAUCGUCGGCAUUCUCUGUCAGCAUCAUCAACACUUCACAUCGCGCAACAGCGCAACACAUAUUCGAGUUAUCAUCACAGACCUUCAGCAAUGGCGAAGGACAAGAAGGGAAACAAGGCUGCUGCCGCUGCGGCUCCAGCCAAGAGCAGCAAGUCCAGCUCUAAGCCUAUCGAGAAGGUUCAGACUGGCCGCGUGAGCAAGUCUGACAAGGCUAGCGCGAAGGAGACUGCAAAGAAGACUGCCAAGGCUGUCGAGAAGAAGUCGAAGAAGUCGAAGAAGGAGCCAACGCCAGAGCCAUCCAGCGAGAGCGAGAGCGAGGAUGAGACUAGCGCAAGCUCCGACAGCAGUGACGAAGAGGAGGCUGAAGUCAAGAAGCCUCAAGUUAACGGCAAGGCAAAGCAAGCCGCUGCCAAGGACGACAGCUCAGACAGCGACGACUCUGACUCCGGCUCCGACAGCGAGGCUGCUCCAGCGCCAAAGACCAACGGCGCUACCAAGGCUGGCGCGAAGGACGACUCCAGCGAUGACUCUGACGACAGCAGCGACAGUGACAGCGACGCCGCAUCACCUGCCAAGAAGGCUGAGGCUGCAAAGGUCAACGGCAAGGCCUCGAAAGCUGAGAAGGACGACUCAUCUGACGACUCCAGCGACGAUGAUUCAGAGUCUGAUGAAGAGGCUCCAAAGGCUGCAGCUGACGAGAGCUCCGACGACUCGAGCGACAGCGACAGUGAUGAAGAGGAAGAGGAGAAGCCCGCGGCUAAGACCGAGAGCAAGAAGCGCAAGGCCGACAGCGAGCCAGAGGAGACCUCCAAGAAGGCCAAGACGGACACCACAGGCGCUGUUGCCAACCUCUUCGUCGGCAAUCUUAGCUGGAGUGUCGAUGAAGAGUGGCUCACGCGCGAGUUCGAGGAGUUCGGAGAGCUCGCUGGUGUCCGCAUCAUCACGGACCGCGACUCUGGCAGAAGCAAGGGGUUCGGAUACGUGGAGUUCGUCAACGCUGAGGAUGCCGCGAAGGCACUCGAGGCGAAGAACGAGGCGGAGCUGGACGGACGCAACAUCCGUGUCGACUUCAGCACUCCACGCGAGAAGAACGCUGGUCCUCAGCAGCGCAGUAACGACCGCCAGCAGAAGUAUGGCGACACACCUGGCGAGCCUACUGCCACCCUCUUCUGUGGCAACUUGAGCUUCGAGGUCACUGAAGAUGUCGUUCGCGAAUACUUUGGCGAGCACGGAAACGUGAACAGCGUCCGCCUGCCCACCGACCGUGACACUGGUGCGCCAAAGGGCUUCGGCUACAUCGAGAUGGGUUCAGUGGACGAGGCGAAGGCUGCAUUCGACGCUCUUCAGGGUGUCGAUGUUGGCGGACGUCCUGUGCGCCUGGACUACGCUCAACCACGUCCUCCGCGUGAGGAUGGCGGAUUUGGCGGCGGCCGUGGAGGCGGUCGUGGAGGCUUCGGCGGCGGACGUGGCGGUGGUCGCGGCGGCCGAGGCGGAUUUGACAGAGGUGGCCGUGGUGGUGGCAGAGGCGGAGGCCGUGGUGGUGCUCGUGGAGGACGCGGCGGCUUCUCUUCUACCAACCGUGGUGGCUUUGGCGAUUUCCAAGGCAAGAAGGUCGCUUUCGACUAAAUGUCCUUGCUUCGAAGCGUCGUCUGCACAGUUCCAAAGUUGAUCUCACGAUUGCAAUGGGAGGCGUUGUGUCACUGGUCUGCGGCACGGUCAAAAGUUCUAAUGAAGAUUACAUGUACGAAUAGUCGUUGUGUGGAUAGCACGAUGUCUGGCGCUAUGGGAAUGGAACGAUUUCUUGACAAUUGCGCGUCCACUGCACCCAUUCACAUGCACCCUCUCCACCAUAUCCACCACAUCUCUCUCCACGCCGGUCGGAGGCCUCGACACGUGCUCUUGCGC